AUGAAUACUCAACAUUCCGGAGCGGCGACCCUGCCAAAGGGCUUCCGCUUCCAUGAUCCAGAGACGAACCCCAAAACACCGGAGCCUUCCGCGGUGGACGAGGAGUUGCAGCCACCGUCGCCUCCGCGUCCGCGCUUCAAACUGAAAAGGCGCGUCGCAUCCAACCUCACCGCCCCGACGAGCCACUUUCUCGCGUCGGUCGCUGCUGCUGAUGUGCCAAUCCCGAGCAUUGAAGAACCCGACGCAGCUGGCGCAAACAUGCAGAUAUCCAGCAUGACUUACCCGGUUAUCCACAACCUCAAAGAUUUGGAUGAUCUCGCGUUACAUAAAGUUCGCGGCAGGCGUUUUUCCCCACCUAAAACGCCAGCGCCCGGCGCCGCUCCCUCGCUAUCUCCCAGACGAUAUCCCAACUGGUCCAUCGACUCUGCCUUCAGCAGUGGCGAGUCCACCCCGGAAUGCGAAUCCAGCCGUCCGUCCACCGCGCGGUCCACACAAACCAGCGCCUCUCUUUUCAGCCGUUUCUCUCUCACGUCCGAAGAUUUGCAGUGUAUCAGCCCCGAGACUGAGGCCUCUGACCAUUUCAAUCUGUUGGUUGAUGCUGCCGAUGAGGUCGCUGAGAAGCCAGUCAACGCAAAGGGGAAGAGGAGAAAGGCCCCUUGGACCAAAGCCAUGAGCGAUCACCUUUGGACGACAUAUCUGAUGUACCUUCAGGACCCGAAAGUCACGCCGUUCCGCACCGGCAAAAGCUGCAUCCCUCCCCACGGAGUAUGCCUCCGCGUCGCCAGGGAAGCCAAGAGGAGUUGGAGAGGCCCCAAGGGCGCGAAGAGGUCGAUGAACCCGAAGAGCGGCAGCAGUACCCCUACCGUGGAAGCCGCAUGCACCUUCUUGCAGUGGCCACAUACAUGUGCAGCCACUCGUGCUCAUUUGAGAGAGCUGUGCAAACUCAAGGCAGCCUCCUCCGCAGCCCGAAAGACUCGAUUCCUCGCCCAUAGCCCGACGCCUUUCGGUCGGACCGCUACAAGGUUCUGGAACCGGAGAUCCACCCCGGCCCGGUCCCCUUCCGUCUUCUCGGCUCACGACAUGUCAAUGUCGCUGACCCUCAGCACCUCUGAGGCUAUGCAACCCCAAGGCCCCCUGGCAAAACUCACACAGUCGAGCCCGGAACCCGUCGAAGAACCAAUGACGGAACCGUUUCCUUCCUUGCCUCUCGACGUCUCCAGUCUCAACGUACCUAUGGAGGAACGUCCGCGGCUGGCUUCGCCCUUCAUGCCCAACAGCUAUGGACCUAGUUCGACAGGAGCCCUCUCUGAUGCGAUUGCUUCGAUGCCUCAGAGACAGAAUCAGAGCUUGGGGCAUCGCCGCAGCACUCUUCAACCUCCUGCUCGCUUGACGAGGAGUAGGUCCAACACUCAAAAGCGCGUUGGGAGGCCAAGGCUGGCUACUCAUGAGCCACGAAAGACGAAGCGCCCGAGUCUCGGCUCUGACCUGUGGACCGGACCUUCUCCUUUCGACGACAUGCCCAAGACACCUCUCCGCCCAGAUACGGAGUUUAGCUCAACGAACAGCAACGUCCACGAUGACCUGUUCGUCCCGCGAACCAACAUUGCAGGACUCUUCACCGCUCCGAUGCCAAUUCCGUCCGCUCGGCCGGAAACUGCUGGAGCAUCUCUGGCAGCCCCUACUGCGCCUCCUGCGCGCCUAGGAUCACCCUUCCCUGGGUCAACCAGCUUCUCGUUCCCCAACCGGUUUACCCAGCCGGAGGAGUUUGACCACGGAACUAUCCGCCGUCCUUUUGCGACGGUCCAACAAUCUGGCGAAAGCGGAUCAGCUCCGCCUCGCAACCUGGCUAACCGCCUGGCCUAUAUUGACGAACGUCUUCGGGAGUUCAGACAGCGCGAUACCAAUCGCCGCCGGUCGGAAUCGCCCUUUUAG